AUUCUAGUCAAUGUGCCAUUGUGAUUGGAAUAGUCUAUGCUUUUUGUCUCCAGUUGUACCUGUGUCCUAUUCAUACUGUCCUUCUACCCUGUGUCAACUUCACAAGGCCCUCUAUUUUCGGAACCAGGGAAUUAGUCGCUCAAGGCGCCUUCCUACUAGGUUUCGAUUGAGUACGGUAGCCCGGGUAAGUGACUCAACGGCAACUACGACUAGUGAAAAGGUUGGAUCCAGGACUGAAACCAACCGAGCGCCUGUAAACUUGCCACAACAACAAUGCAAGAUAAAGGUAGUUGGGGUAGGAGGUGCAGGAGGAAAUGCAGUUCAGCGUAUGUUGGAGAGUGGUUUGCAAGAUGUGGAAUUCCUUUGUGCAAAUACAGACGCACAAGCACUUGCCAGGUUUCAAGAAGUAUAUUGCCAGAAAACACAUCAUCAGGUUAUUCAAAUUGGAAAACAAAGUUGUAGAGGUUUAGGAGCUGGUGGAAAUCCUGAAGCUGGUAGAGUAGCUGCUGAAGAGUCUAAAGAAGAUAUAGCAAAAGCUCUUCAAGGUGGAGAUCUUGUGUUUGUUACUGCUGGAAUGGGAGGUGGUACAGGAACUGGUGCUGCUCCAAUAGUUGCGGAUGUCGCAAGAGAAUUGGGUUGUUUAACAGUUGGUGUUGUAACAAAGCCGUUUGCUUUUGAAGGACGUCGACGCCUACAGCAAGCCAUAGAUGGUUUGGCAAGUCUGAGAGAAAAAGUUGACACGCUUAUUGUUAUUUCAAACGAUCGACUCUUAGAAACAGUACCGAAAGACACUCCACUUACUGAGGCUUUUAUAUUUGCUGAUGAAGUUCUUCGUCAGGGUGUUGGGGGAAUUUCCGAUAUUAUUACUAAACCUGGCUUAGUCAACGUGGAUUUCGCAGAUGUUCGUACGGUUAUGGCAGAAAAAGGAUUUGCUUUAUUAGGUAUCGGAACUGCAAGUGGCGACUCUAGAGCUCGAAAUGCAGCAACUGCGGCAAUUUCAUCGCCACUCUUAGAUUUUCCUAUAACAUCUGCAAAGGGUGCCGUUUUUAAUAUCACAGGUGGAGCAGAUAUGACUUUAUCUGAAGUGAAUCAAGCUGCACAAGUUAUUUAUGAUAGUGUAGAUUCUGAUGCAAAUAUUAUUUUUGGUGCAGUUGUUGAUGAGACAUUCAAAGGGAAAGUUUCGGUUACUGUAGUUGCCACAGGAUUUUCUUAAGAAAUUGGGAUUGUAAUUGUAUGGUACACUAUUCUGAUGGUUUUGGGAUAAAACGUUUUAAAGAAAU